AUGAAGAUUGCUCUUAGUUGCGUUGUGGCGAUUGCCUGUCUUGCUUUGGCCUAUGGAGAGGAGUGCAGGGACACCGGAGACUGUGGUCACGUGAGCUGCCCGGAGAACGACUACGUGCUCGAGUGCCACAACCGCCAGUGCACGUGCACACAUACCUCGGCCACGUGUUCCCUCCCAUCCGACUGCAGCGGAAACCGAUGCGACCGUGACUGGCACUGCGUGGACGGCGCGUGCCGCUGUGGUUUCGGAUUUGGCGGGCAAGGCCGAUAG